AUGUACCCUGGGGAUCCUGCUCUGUCGGCAUCGAGCUACGAUAAUACUUUGACGGCAUCAGCGGGCUAUCCCGGCGCAUCUUCGGUGGACACUAGUGCGAUUGACUGGACGGCCCUCGGCUGCUUGCCUUCUGGUGAGCUUGCUGGCAAUUAUCUUGAGAGUCAGGGUUCUGCCGUGGACUCUCCUGACCCCCCGUUCAACCCCUCCACCAACCCAACAACAACAACAACAACCCUCGAACCACCUACCCUCUCGCUCCCGAUCCAACCUUCGACUGCCACAAGUACGUCCGUGCCAGUCCCAGUCUCAGCAUCACCAAUGCCCUCAACAACCCUGCAAAACCCUACCCCCUCGCCCACCCGCGACUCCUCCUCACCGAGGGAAAAGGAGAACCCAUCGCGCAUCUCAAAACGCCAACUCAACACCAUGGCCGCGCGCCGAUACCGCCAGCGCCGCCUCGACCGGAUGACCCAGCUCGAGGAGGAACUGGAGGCUGUCAAGCGUGAGCGCGAUGAGUUGAAGAUGCGCGUGUCCAAGCUCGAGGGGGAGACGGAUGCGUUGAGGAGUAUGUUGAAGGAGAAGAAGGGUAAUUAG